UGAGGGUCACGGUUCUGACCUCGCCCCCGGCUUCCUGUGGGGCCUCCUCUAAGUCCUGCAGCUCUCAGUUCCCGAGAGAAGAACCCCGAGGAGCAGACUGUCCCCGGCGGCCCUGGCACCUGCGCCCGGACAUGCUGCUGCUGCUGCUGGCCCUGCUCUGGGGGACGGCGGGGGUGGAGGGACAGGGAGGGGACAGGGGAGGUUACAGGCUGCAAGUGCAGAGUGUGGUGACGGUGCAGGAGGGCCUGUGUGUCCAUGUGCCCUGCUCCUUCUCCUACCAUGGGGACAGCCGGACUGACUCUGACCCUGUUCACGGCUACUGGUUCCCGGAAGGGGCCGAUCCACACCGUGGCGCUCCAGUGGCCACAAACGACCCAGCUAGGAACGUGCAGGAGGAGACCCAGGGCCGAUUCCACCUCCUCGGGGAUCCCAGGAGGAGCAACUGCUCCCUGAGCAUCAGAGACGCCACAAGGAGGGACGAGAAGUCAUACUUUUUUCGGGUAGAGACAGGAAGAAAUGUAAAAUUCAGUUACACGAAUGACAAGCUUUUUGUGCAAGUGGCAGCCCUGACCCACACGCCCGACAUCCUCCUCCCGGGGACCCUGGAGUGCGGCCGCCCCAGCACCCUGACCUGCUCUGUGCCCUGGGCCUGUGAGCAGGGGACGCCCCCCAGGAUCUCCUGGGAGGGGGCUUCCGUGGCUCCCCAGGACCCCACCAUUGGCUAUUCCACGGCACUCACCCUCAUCCCUCAGCCCCAGGACCAUGGCACCAAUCUCACCUGCCAGGUGACCUUGCCUGGGGCCGGUGUGAUCACAACAAGGACCAUCCACCUCAACGUGUCCUACUCUCCUCAGAACUUGACCGUGACUGUCCUCGGAGGAAACGGAUCAGCACCCACGGCCGUGGAGAACGGCUCAUCUGUGUCGGUCCUGGAGGGCCAGUUUCUGCGCCUGCUCUGUGCUGCUGACAGCAAUCCCCCUGCCGGGCUGACCUGGACCUUGGGGAGCCUGACCCUGUGCCCCUCGGAGCUCUUGAACCCUGGGGUGCUGGAGCUGCCUCCAAUGUACCUCAGGGAUGAAGGCGAAAUCACCUGCCGAGCUCAGAACCUUCUGGGCUCCCAGCACGUCUCCCUGAGCCUCUGUCUGCAGACUGAGUACACAGGCACAGUGUGGCCCUUCUCAGGGGUGACGCUGGGGGCUGUCUGGGGAGCUGGAGCCACAGCCCUAGUCUUCCUGUCCUUCUGCGUCAUCUUCAUCAUCGUGAGGUCCUGCAGGAGGAAGAGGGCAAGAGCAGCAGCGGGCAUGGGGGACACGGCUGUGGAGGAGGCAGACGCUGUCAGGGGCCCAGCCUCUCAGAGCCUCCCAAUCGAACCCCUGGCGGAACACAGCCCCCCAGAUCAGCCUCCCCCGGCCGAGGCCUCCGGCAUCUCAGGGCAGGAGCAAGACCAGGAGCUCCAUUAUGCCUCUCUGGACUUCCACAGGAUUCAGCCUCAGGACUCGCAGAGGGAAGAGGCCACCGGCAGUGAGUACUCAGAGAUCAAGAUCCGCAAGUGAGAAACUGGGGCGGCUCGGCCCUGGGUGAGGGAUCCCAUCCCCUCAAGCAAAGGAGAUGUCACAGGCUGAUUCUUGUAGAAGCCCCACACUGAGCAAUAGAACAUCGGAGCUUAUUCCUCCUGUCCAAUAGAGACCCUUCGUCUAGUAUCUCCCCUUUCCCUGUACAGCACCCCCUCCCCACGGGUGCCCAGUAUUCUACUCUCUAAUUCUGUGCAUUUGACUUUUUUAGACUCCACAUGUGAGAUUAUAUGUUAUCUGUGUCUCUGUGCCAGCUUAUUUCACUUAACAUAAUAUCCUCUGAAUUUAUCCAUUUUUUUUUGCAAAUGACAGAAUAAUGUGUUGUAUAUUUCAUGAUAGGUAAAAGAGAGGAUUUUGAAUGUUAUAACCAAAAGGAAAUGAUAAAUACUUGAGGUGAUGGCUAUGCUAACACACAGAUGUGAUCAUUCCAGAACAUAUACAUGUAUGGAAACCUUACUGGGGCUGUCUCAAGGCUACUCAGGUACUCAGGGCAGGGCUGGAGUUUAAACCCCACCUGAUUCUGAGUCUCUGCUCUCAUCCAACCUUAAGUCAAACAGCCAGCAAGCUGGGUGCCCUUGGCCCUAAGUUUACAGCAAAUAAUAUUUCUUGGGGGCUUUGAUAUUUACUGAAGAGGUGGUAGUAAAUGUCUAGAGUCUCAGGGACAAGACAAAUGCAGUGGAGGUGAUAAAGGCUGGGAACUCCUGCCCAACCUUUGUGGCAGGUUUUUAAUUAUUCCUUUGUUUUCUUCCCAAUUUUAAAAAUAGUCUUUUUAACUACCUGCUUGCUUGCUUGUUUUUCCUUGAAAUUUAAAAAUAAUAUUUAUUUUUCAAUUGAGACAAAAUUUCCCUACAAUGAAAUAUAUAGAUCUUAAGUGUGCAAUUCCAUGAGUUUGGCCAAAUGUGUACCCCUCUGUAACCAACAAGGAUACAGACAUUUUCCAUCACUCCAGAAAGAUGCUGGUUCCCAUUCCCAGGCAAUCCCCAACCCUGAGAACCACCACUUUCUAAUUCCCAUUACCAGACAUGACCUUUCUAUGCUCUAGAACUUUACAUAAUUGGCAAUGUAAAUAUGUAUUCUUGUAUCUGUUUUUUUUCCACUCAGUAUUGUACUUUUUGAGAUUCAUCUAUGUUGUGUGUCAACAUUCUAGUCCUUGUUGUUACAGCCUAGGGUUCCAUGGCAUGAGUAUAUCCAAGUUUUUCUGUUCAUGAAUAUUUGCUUUGAUUUGUGGCAAUUAUGAAUACAGCUCCUGUGAACAUGUUUGCACAAGACUGUGUUAAGUUGUUUUCAUUUCUAUUAGGUGUUUGGGGGCAUGGGUAACAUGGGUACAAUGAGGACAGAUUCACAUGCUGGAAGCUCCAGAGCCUCUGGGAUGUCCCAGUGGAGACCAGCAUCCUGCAGCUCAUGAGCAGAGGCCUGGAGAUGGACACUGGGAAACAUCCGGUAGUCCCAUGAUCCUGAUCAUGAACCCCCAGUGCUGUUGGCUGAAUAUUAUCCCUCAAGAGAUAUGUUCAAAUUCUAACCCCUGUACCUGCCAACAUGACAUAGUGUGGAAAUAGGGUCUUUGCAGAUGCAAUCAAGAUAAUAUGAGGCCAUACAUGAUUAGGUUGGUCCCUAAAUCCAAUGACUGGUGCCCUGAUAAAAGGAGGGAAAUUCAGACACAGAGACACACAGAGGAUGAAGGCCAAGUGACAAUGGAGGCAGAGAUUGGAGUUAUCCUGCCAUGAGCCAAGGGAUGGCAAGGAUUUCUGGCAACCACCAGCAGCUGGAAGAGGCAAAGGAUUCUUCCUAGGACUUUCAGAGGGAGCAUGGCCCUGGUGACACCUUGAAUUUGGACACCUGGACUCCAGAACUGUGAGAGAAUCAAUCUCUGUGGUUGUAAGUCACCCAGUUUGUGGCAAUGUGUCCUAGCAGCCCUAAGAAGCCAGUGCAGUGAAGGCAGCACACCUGCUGGGCGCCACUGUGCAUGGGAUCCUGCACCUGUCCUGUCUCACGCAGGCUCCACAGUCACUCGGGGACAGUUGCAGAGCCACACAGGACACAAGUGCAGGGACCAGGUGGAAUCCAGGCAGCUUCCACAAGGCCACAGAGGGGAGCUUAAUCAGUGGGCCACAGAGCUGCACCUGACUGAGGGAUCGCCUUGUGCCAGGCACUGUCGUAACUGUGAGUAUUUGCUCACUGCGUCCUCCCUGCAGCCCUGUGAGGAGGGUGCCCCACAGUGACGCUGUUCCUGAGAGCAGGGCCUGCAGCCCACACAGAGUCAGACUCAGCCAGCAAAAUGCCUCCGCCUCCCACCCUCUAUUCCUCCUUCCCAUCCUCCAUCCUUCCCUUCCUCUCCACUUUCCUUUUUCCAGUUGUAAAUGCCAUUAUUAUGAACAAAUGUGCUUAGAUAUUUUGGAGUUCAUUCAAGAAUACAGCUCAGACACUAGUUCCAGAAGUGGUAUUAUGAACUCUGGACUAACUUCGUACUCUUU